AUGGCCUCAGAAACACCCGUGCGUCCCGAGCGGACGACUAUUGGUGGUUCACUGGAGAUUCCCCGGAUGCUGAAUGGAUUGUGGCAACUCGCAGGAGGGCAUGACAAGGACGUCAAUAUUGCUAAUGCAUCAGCGGCCAUGGAUGCGUUAAUAAGUAACGGUCUGGAGGGCUUCGAUAUGGCGGAUCACUACGGGGAGGCCGAGCUCGUCGUCGGGCAUCACAACGCCAACUCCCGGGCGGGACUGACUGCCCUUACCAAGUGGUGCCCUGCAGAAGACGGAGUGAAGAGCUUUGAGAAUGCAGAGGCAGCUGUCAACCUCGCUUUGAGGAGAUUAGGACAGGACAAAAUUCCCCUGCUGCAGUAUCACAUCUGGGACUACACGGAUGACACAUACAUCCACAACCUUACACACCUGACCAAGCUCCAGUCACAAGGCAAAAUCGCUCACCUGGGUCUGACCAAUACCGACGCCGCACAUCUCGAGAUGUUGCUUGACACUGGUUUUAAUAUUGCGACUAACCAGAUCUCCUGCUCAGUCAUCGACCGCCGUGUCGUUCGGGGCCGGCUGAAUGACCUCUGCAUAUCGCGUGGCGUUGGCCUGCUUUGCUACGGAACGCUGCUUGGCGGGUUCGUCUCCGAGAAAUGGCUUGGGCAGCCCGAGCCGAAGAACAUCAAUGCUCUGAACUGGUCUCUGAAGAAAUACCUCCGCUUUAUCUGGGCUGCCGGAGGAUGGACUGUCUUCCAGGGUAUUCUAGAAGCGCUUGCAACCGUGGCGAAGAAAAACGACGUCCCCAUGUCUGCAGUGGCUUUGCGCUGGAUUCUGGAUAUCCCAUCUGUGAAAGCUGUCAUUGUGGGGACGAGGCUGAGUGCCGACUCUGAGCAAUAUAUCGACCAAAGCCUCUUGGCUUUCUCGUUCGAGCUGGAUGACGAGGACAGGAGCAUCAUUGAGAAAGCUCAGGAGGCCCUUAGUGACAUACCAGGUGAUUGUGGAGAUGAGUACCGAAGGCCGCCAUAUUUAACAGCUGCCGGGGACCUAAGUCACCAUGUGAAGGAUGCGGAUCGGAGUAGGUCGGUGAGGGAGGCUGUCGAAGCCGGCCAGAGGAUCGAAUACUUGAGUGGUAGCAAAUGGGAGCCCAUAUGCGGCUACUCCCGCGCCGUUCGCGUCGGUUCAUCUAUCCAUGUCUCCGGUGUACGUAUUACUCUGAUCAGUUCUUUAUGCAUAAUCCCCUCCUUGGUAGCCUUCUCGGCCGUUCCGCUGCAGGCUGUCUUGCUAGUAGUUAACAUGUACCAGACGACCGCGAAUCCACCAGUCUCCUCCUUGUCAUGCGUCGGUGGUAGAUCUGCAGCAAGUCAGGCAGUCUGGGCAUUAGACAUCAUCGAAGGGGCGCUGAAAGCCCUUGGCUCGUCGAUGAACGAUAUUGUCAGGACACGGGUCAUCCUGUCCAGCAGGAAGGACGCUGAAGCAGUGAGUGAGGCUCACGGCGCGAGGAUGAAGUGCGCCGGGAUUCUCCCCGCAAACACACUCAUCGAGGCGACUCUAUAUGAGGACGAGUUCUUGGUCGAGAUCGAGGCAUGGGCUGAGGUUGACUCUGGCGCGAGAGGCACGGUGCGAGUGUAUAAAUCGUAA